CUGGCCUGUGCCCUUACGCAAGAUGGCGGCAGCUGCGUCGCUCCUUCCGCUUACCCGGGAUGGGCGUUGAGGGCGGAAGUGCCUGGCGAAAGGAGGAGAGCGGUUGGGGCGAGAGGACUCCAGGAGACGCGCCCCAGCAUGGACUGUUACACGGCGAACUGGGACCCUCUCGGGGAAGAGGCUUAUUACCGGAAACUAGAUUUGUACAGCAUGGGCUGGAACCUGAGGGAGGACUUGCGGGACUGCUUGGUUGCUGCUGCUCCCUAUGGGGGCCCCAUUGCUUUGCUGAAAACCAAGAAAGAAAAAUCUCCCAGUUCCCGGCCACCUCUUGAAAUCUAUUCUGCCUCUGGGGUCCUCUUGGCUAGCAUUCCAUGGAAGAACUGCCCGGCUGUGCAUCUUGGCUGGACGACCAGCGAGGACCUCCUCUGCAUCCAAGAGGAUGGCUCAGUCCUUGUCUACAGCCUUUUCUGUGAGUUCAAGCGGCGCUUCAGCAUGGGAAAUGAAGUGCUUCAGAACCACGUGCUGGAGGCCAAAGUGUUCCACACUGAACACGGCACCGGUGUGGCCAUCCUCACAGGGGCGCACAGGUUCACCAUGGCUACCAAUGUUGAUCACUUGAAGCUUCGCAGGUUGCCUCAGGUGCCAGGUCUUCAGAAACCCCCCUCCUGCUGGACCGUCCUGUUCCAAGAGAGAGAGACGGUCAUCCUCCUUGCUGUUGGCCAAGACUUGUACCUCCUGGACAAUACAACCUGCUCCCCGGUGACCCUGCCCGGGCUGAGUCCACACGCUGGCUCCUACCUGCGGAUGGCUGUGUCCUUCACCCACCGCUUCUUGGCACUCUUUACUGACACAGGCUACAUCUGGAUGGGGAACUCCAACUUGAAGGAAAAACUGGGGGAGUCCACCUGUGAAUUUCGAGCUCCGCCGAAGCAGAUGGUUUGGUGUACUCGUUCCCAAAGCAAGCAGCGGGCCGUGGUGAUGGCAUGGGACCGGCACCUCCUGGUGGCUGGGAAUGCUGAGCAGUGCAUUCAAUACUCUCUGGAUGAGGAUUCAUACCUCGUGCCAGAGCUUGACGGUGUGAGGAUUUUCUCCCGCUCCACCCAUGAAUUCCUUCACGAGAUUCCAGAGGCCAGCCAGGAAGUCUUCAAGAUCGCAUCCAUGGCACCGGGAGCGUUGUUGCUGGAGGCUCAAAAGGAGUAUGAGAAAGAGAGCCAGAAGGCCGACGAAUACUUGCGGGAGAUCAAAGACCAGAAUCUGCUUCCGGAGGCUGUCGAGCAGUGCAUCAAGGCGGCCAGCUAUGAGCACGAGCCGGAAAUCCAGAAGUCUCUCCUCCGGGCGGCCUCCUUUGGGAAAUGCUUCAUCGACAAGUUCCUGCCCGAGAAGUUUGUGGGGACCUGCAGGGCCCUGCGGGUGCUCAAUGCCAUCCGGGAUUACCAGAUUGGGAUCCCUCUAACCUUUGACCAAUACAAACAGCUCACCACUGAAGUUUUGCUGGACAGGCUGGUUCUGCGGAGACUUUACCCCAUCGCCAUCAAGAUCUGUGAGUACCUGCGUCUCUCUGAGUUCCAGGGGAUCAGCCGGAUCUUGGCACACUGGGCUUGUUACAAGGUCCAGCAGAAGGACAAGUCUGACGAAGAAGUGGCCCAGGCCAUCAACCAGAAACUGGGCGAUACCCCAGGCAUCUCGUACUCGGAGAUUGCCGCCCGGGCGUAUGACUGUGGCCGGACAGAGCUGGCCAUUAAGCUGGUGGAAUAUGAGCCCCAGUCUGGGAAGCAGGUGCCUCUGCUGCUGAGGAUGAAGAAGAGUCAGCUGGCACUGGACAAGGCCAUCGAGAGUGGAGACACCGAUUUGGUUUACACAGUCGUCUUGCAGCUGAAGAAUGAUUUCGGCCGCGGUGACUUCUUCAUGAUUCUGCAGAAGCAGCCGGUGGCGUUGAGCCUCUAUCGCCAGUUCUGCAAAUACCAAGAGCUGGAUACGCUGAAAGUUCUCUAUAACCAAGAUGACAAUCACCAGGAGCUUGGCAACUUUCAUGUGCGCACCAGCUAUGCCAGUGACAAGCAGAUUGACAGCCGCCUGGCCAGUCUGCAGAAUGCAGUGGAUGAGUAUUACAAAGCCAAGAACGAGUUUGCAGCCAAGGCCACCGAAGACCAGAUCAAGCUGCUCCGGGAGCAGCAGCGCCUGCAGGCCAACUUCGACAAGCCGUACCUGGACUACUCCCUCCACGACACCGUCUACAACCUCAUCCUGGACGGACACCAGAAGCAGGCUGAGCAGCUGUACCGCGACUUCAAAAUCCCCGACAAACGGUUCUGGAGGCUGAAGAUCAACGCCUUGGCCGAGCAGGGCGAUUGGGAGGAGCUGGAGAAGUUCUCCAAGGCCAAGAAGUCCCCCAUCGGAUACCUGCCUUUUGUCGAGAUCGGCAUGAAGCACCGCAACCGCCACGAGGCUAAGAAAUACGCUCCCCGCGUCGCCCCGGAGCAGAGGGUGAAAGCCUUCAUCCUGGUGGGGGACUUGAACCAAGCUUCUGAAGUCGCCAUUGAACGCAAAAACGAGGCAGAGAUGAAUCUCGUCCUGUCGAAGUGCACUGCGGCUGCAGACGCCACCAUCGCUGCCAAGAUCAACCACGCCAAGGCUCAGAUUGGAAAGAAAUAAGAUCCUCUUUCUCCGGCCCCCUGUCCUCAUCUUCAGACUCCCUCCUAGCUUGGGGGGGACACUUGUGGACACCCCCCACUUGGGCUGGCCACCCAGUGCCGCACUGAGAGCCUUUCCUUGGGCACUGAAGUGUUGUGAGCCUGUUGCCUUCUCGUGAAGAGAGCAGAGCUCCUCAGGUUGGACUUGGCUGAGACUGAAUGUUCGCGGCAGGACCGUCGCCUCCUUCCUCUGGAUUUGAUGUUUGUGGAUUUGGGUUGACUGAAAGAGAGCAGCUGUGUCCGUGAAAUGAGGAAUCUCAAAUUCUUUUCUCCCCUUCUUUCUGCCAUCCAUCUUCCUCCACUAAAGUAUUCAGUGUCCUUUUCUCCCCCCCCCCCAUUUUUCUGGAGAGUAUAGAUCUGGACAGUAAGUGCCCCUAGCUCCAGCCAGCCCCCCACCUGCUAAUUUCUCUCCAGAUGCCCCCUCCCCAGCUAUCACUAACUGAGCAUUUGGGCGUGGGGGAGGAUUGUAAUUGCCUUACAAAACCAGAGGCUGAGAUGCUUCUGUGUUGUGCUUUAAGAGGGCAGGAUGAGGGCCCAGAUCCUGACCUUGGUGUGUGGCGAGGGCUGAGGAGGGGAGUCUUGAAAGUCACAAUGACUAAGUCUGCCAUGGAUACCAUCUUCAUCUUGAUUUACAGCCUACUAAUGUUGCUUUUUUAUUUUAAUUCAUUGGUGAAUUUGUAAAGUGGGAAGAAUAUUUAUGAAAGGAAAUAAUGUGAAUUAAUAAAAGCUGCUAACGUGGUGAUGA